UGAAAAGCAGCUAUGCAACUGCAUAUAGCGCAGGUGCAUGUUGCAGCCUAUAUAGGGAGCACUCACAGCCGGUUUUGCAGCCGAUGUGUGUUAUGAUUUAUCCGUUAUGAUGUAUCCGAUUUGAAUGAAAGAGAAAGGGAAGGAGAGAAAGAGAGAAAGCAUCGCUGACGGUGAUGAUCAGAGACGUGCGCUGCAUGCAAAAGCACAACGCGGCCAUUGAUUAUCACUAAAAUGAGAGCGUAGCGUCGCGAACGGAGCACAGCGCCGUCAAUGGGUCCGCUCUCGUCGGAGGACGCACGACUAAAAACAUACCCCAGCCUUGGAUAUGGCACUAAAGAUAUAGAGGAUUCAUCUCUUCUUAUGAAGGUGGCAGUGGCAAGGUAAAAAAAAAAAAGAAAGAAAGAAAGAAAGAAAAUAAUAAUUACACGGGUUUUUAAACGAUUUGGACAGCGACGAGAGCGACAGCUUCUUUGUGUCCAGAGAAUCCGCGCUUGGCUUAACAAUGGAAUUUGACAGCUGUGCUUUCCAGCUGUUUUGUCACCGCUGUGAAGGAGAAAAACGGCUUACAGAUUGACCAAAGUGGCAUUAGCUCAGUCAGCUGUGGGUACUCUAAGAUAUACCGAAGAAAUAUUAAGGAGAACAUGAAACAAGUAGCUGUCAUGAUGUGGCACUGUAUUCACUGGUGAUUUAUGCUCUAACAGAUCUGAUCUAAGAAUGUGAAGACUGAGACAGCAGAAAGCCUUGUACAGCUUGUCAGGUGAUGUUGCUGGGGUGUAAGAGGCCGCCACAUGCAUCAUCACCCACUUAAUCAGCAUCACCAUGCCCACAAUGCAGGAUCCUAGCAUGAAUUAUAACUUGAGUGCAGUGCCCUGGGACCCUGGUGCCUUCCAGCCACCCUCGCUGACAAACAGUGCUGUGAAGAUGGUGGCCAUAUCAGCUAUUGUGUGCAUGUCUCUCUUUGGCAAUGUGGUGGUACUGCUGGUGUUCCAGAGAAAGCCACAGCUGCUGCAUGUGGCCAAUCGCUUCGUGCUCAACCUGCUGCUGGCCGACCUGCUACAAACGGUGCUUGUCAUGCCAUUUGUUAUUGCUGCCACCGUACCUGAGGUUUGGCCACUGGACACCCGUCUGUGUCAAGCUCUGGUGGUGCUCAUGCACCUUUUUGCUUUCACUGGGGUAAACACUAUUAUUGUUGUGUCAGUGGAUCGCUACCUGGCCAUCAUCCACCCACUGUCAUAUCCAACACGCAUGACCCCUCACCUGGGCACUAACCUGAUUGCUCUUACCUGGUUGGUGAGCUUGCUGCAGAGCACCCCACCUCUCUAUGGCUGGGGAGCUAUCGAUUUCGACCGACACCAUAAUGCCUGCACCAUGGUGUGGUCCUCCAGCCACUCAUACUCAGCACUGGUGGCUACUCUUUCCUUUUGGCUGCCUGUGGCCAUCAUGCUUGGCUGCUACUGGAUGGUGUUUAGGGCAGCCCGGCGGCAGAAUGCUUUGGUGCACCCUGUUCAAACGAACCACCCUCCAGACUCAGGCUCCAGUCCCCACAGGCAGCAGCAACAGCCACAACAAGAAGGCUCCUUCUCAGCCACGAAUCCUGCCAGGAACAGACACCGACGCUUCCACUACCACUGCAAGGCAGCAAGGGUGGUUUUCGUCAUCAUGGCCUCCUAUGUGCUCAGUAUGGGCCCGUACAGUGUUUUGAGCACCAUUUCCAUACGUUCCCGCACUGCUGUGCCACCGUGGCUGGCCUCAUUGGCACUUGUCCUCUUUUUCCUACAGUGCUGCCUACACCCGUACAUCUACGGCUACAUGCACCGUAGUGUGCGCAAGGAGUUCUUGGCGCUGCUUUGUGGGCCACGAUGUGGACAGACCCGUCCAGGGCGAGGUUCGGCUGUGGACAGCUGCUUCACAGUGACAGAUGGGCGAUCAGCACAGAUGCAUAUCCCCAGCCACAUGACCCGCAUAUGUUCCCUCCAGACUUGGGAAGAAGGGACAACAUCAUCCUCACCUAUAGCCCGGAGGUCGAAGGAGAGCCACAAAGAGACAACGUCUGUGAGCGUGAGCUCCGAGAGAGAGCUUACUCUGCAUAGCACCAAGUGAAAUGACUGUUUUAUGUUUGUAAUAUUCUUGAGGCAGACGAAGACAUUAACUUGCAUGACAGGGUCAAAAGUAAUUAGUCCAGGUGACUAGGUUUAUGUCUUAAAUGUCUGACUGCUAAUCCAGUAGGUUUCAUCACUUUUAUCUUGAUAUAUUGCUAGACGUUUAAAAUGGCCUGAGUGACUGAAAAUCUUCAUAGACACUGACUGAGCGGUUAGUAGAUAUUAUUUGUCAGUUUCUUAAAAGUGAAAUUCAAAGGGUCAAAUACACAGAAAACUCAUUGUAUCUCUGAUAUUUCUAUUAGUACCUAAGUCGUUUAAGCUGGUGGACACACAUUGCAAAAAUGCUAUUCUAAUGUUCUUGAAGCAAGAAAUAGUUGAUAUAGUACUGAACUAUUAAGAAAUUAUAAGUUAAAUGUAGUAUAUUUUGUACUAUUUUUUGAUAUAGUAGGGAUUUACAUGUAUGUCAUUUGGUGAUGCUAUGUGCAAUAUUUGUAAGUUCAACCAAAACAAAUAUUUUGGGUCCAAAAAUGUGUCAGAGACAGAGAGAAGCUCUGACAUUUAAACAAUAGUGUGACAAAUCUUGCUGUGGUAUCUCAAAUGCAUGGGCGGAGAUAAACUUUCAUGAAAAAUAAAUGUUUUAUAAUAAUAAUAAUAACAACAAAAGCAGAUGGACAUCAAAAUUACAGGUGGGCAACAAGCAACAUUUUAACAAGGCAUUUAUUAACAAAAGUAAACAAUGCUUCAAGAUAGCUUUUACAAAUUUACACUUUACCUAGAAGGCUGGCUGUAUGUGGAGGUUGGUGUUUCUCAUGAGAGCAUUCAGCCUCUCGAGGUGUAGUACAGUGUGUAUAUUGUCUUACUUCUUGACCACUAUAAAUUCUUGCUUUGUUGGCUAUAGAGCAGUCUGCUGUUUAAAGCUGUAUAGUAUUACACUAGCCUUAGGAGAAACAGAAUUAAAUUGGUAUACCCACCAAAUGUUCAGAGGGAUGACAAUCCCCAUGGGCACUUCAUGUUCUGGAGGUGGACCACAGCAGGAAGAGCAACCUCUUUCACAUCUGUAUUCAGUUUUUCUUCCCCAUAAUACACUCAUAGGGCUGCACAAUAUAGUCAUAAUAUGUUCAGAUCUGGUUGCUUUACACUGAAACACUGUACAACAGAGGAAAUUAUUACCGACAUCAUGCCGUUAUUAUUUACAUAUCCCUCAGAUCCUGUUUUAAAGUCUCACAGCAUGAUUCAGGAGUGUGUUUAUUUGAACCUUGCAGAAGCCAGUAUCACAAUACUGAUUAACAAACAAUAUAUUGUGCAGUCCUACUUAACCAGUGACAAAGAGCAAUAUUUGUCAUGCUUAGCGAUGAAACUGGGAGAACAAAACACUGAUAGACUUUCACUACUGGCUAGUGAAGUAAAAACACUGGAAAUGUCCUCCCUUAUAGAAACAUUUAAAAAAAAAAACCUCAUCUAUAUUAGUUUUAUAAUCGUCUGACUUGACUGUCUCUAUUUGUAAAGUUUUAUAGCCUUAGGACACAUCUGUUAUUUCAUACACAACACAGUUAAUUGUGUCUGCUGGUUUGGUUGGUUCUUUUUUAUAUGCAUCGUCAACCAGAUUGUUAAGCUUACAGUAUGGAACAAUAGACAUGAAAUCUGGUUAAAGUUAGUACCUCCCAAGAAAAGAUGAUUUAAUCAAGCACCUGGUCUUGGGAACACCUUACAUUAUAUUUGUUUAUUUAUUUUCAUUUUACAAUGUACAACUUAAAAAUGUUGGGGAUGCGUCAAGCACAAACUCAGCCCAAAUGAACCUAAAUUCUAAAUGAAAUUGAAUAAACCUGGAAGUGUUAAAGCUAUCGAGAUUUAAUCUAUUACAAUUAUCAUCAUCAUCAUAGUCCCUGUUCAUCUAGACUGUUUUGAAUAUUUGAUUUGUUAAACCUGUAUGUGUUUUCAACAAGGUUAUCAGUCAUUUCCAUGUAAAUGCCAAGAUCUGCUGACUCGAUUCAACCACCCUUUGUUUUUCUGCAGGAACUCAAACGCUUAAUGAGUAAAUAAUUAAGAUCCUUAUAAUGCAAGGCAUUUUUGGUAAAACUUGUACUUCUAUUAAGAACAGAAUUGUUUUAAACCAUGUAGAUGAAUAUUGUAAUGAUUUAUAUUGUGUUUUAUUUUUGCUUCAUGAUGCAGGAAUCUUUAAGUAUACCUCACAUGACUUUCUGAAGCUCAGUAGCAGCCGUGAGCGUUCCAAUUAAAGUCCUUGAAGCAAAGCUUUCCGGGUAUUGAAUUCUUAUUGCUCUAAUGUCAAACUCUUGGUCAUUUAUUAAAUCAGUGCUUUGUUUUACAUGAAAUUCAG